UUAGUAUUAAUCUAUCUUGGUCAAAAAUGGAUGGCUAAUCGAGAACCUUAUAAUCUCAAACGACCACUGCUUUUCUAUGGGAAUGUGGGAUUGGCUGUGUUUUCUACAAUAGGGACUAUAUCCUGUGCUGCUUCUCUUGUUAGGCUGUCUUCAAAUAUGAUGGUCCUUACUUUUUAUGUUCUCAAAAUCAUCGAACUAGGAGAUACAGCUUUCAUUGUUCUACGUAAAAGUCCUCUUCAAUUUCUUCACUGGUAUCAUCACAUGACAGCUUUGAGUAUGAUGAAGGCGUUGUAA